CAAAUAUUCAAAUGUAUGGCUAUUUUCAAAACUUGUGUCAUACGAGAAAGUAAUAGCAGCUUGUUGUAAUCGAGUGACAUUGACUGUGAGUGACCGUGAUUCUCCGGUUUUGGUUGUACGCCUCUCGACUACGAACCAUUUUGGGGUGCGUGACUUGCGUGAAUCUUAUGCGAAAGCCACUCGGGAAUGACUCGUUCCCGUGACUUUGCUGCCGAAAAGCCCUCGAGAGUCUGCCUUCUCGAUUCGCUGGGAUCGGGACCGACCCAUUCCCCUCCCCAUUACAAGGUCCAUCAACACCAUGGCAAUGGAAAAGCGGAACAACUCGGCCCGCCGAGCGGUAGAAACCAAAUCAUCCAUCGACGGAAUCGAGGAAGGCCUCGCGAUGGAGGAACGCGAGUCGCUCGUGGAGGGCUCGUCUCCCGCCUCGGGGGACCGUACGCACAUCGGAGCCAACCAAACCAAUCCGGAUACCGCCCACAGCACCGUCGACGCUGGCGACAAGAAAAAAGAGGUUCCCGCCGGAGUCAUUACCAGCACUGCUUUGAUGGUUCUCAUUCUCCUCGCCGUACAGAAUUGCUCCAAGAAUUUGUUGAUGCGCUACGUCAUGAAAGACCAGCCCAAGUUCCUUACGUCGGCGGCUGUUUUGGGCAGUGAAUUUACCAAAUUGUCUCUCAGUGUCGGCUACAUUCUGUUUGUACAGCACCGAUCUCCCCAAACCAUCUUUCGUUACCUGAAAGAAGACAUGCGCAACACAAUGCUUUUGGCCGUCCCGGCUUCGGCCUACAAUUUGCAAAUGAGCUUGGAAUACGUCGCCCUAGCUAAUUUGAACGCGGCGGCCUUCUCCGUCCUCGUACAGACCAAGCUCAUUUUUACCGCUUCCUUUGCCGCAGCUGUCCUCCGGAAACGCCUGCGUUACGCUCAAGUCAUUUCACUCGUCUUGCUCACGGCCGGCGUCAUGCUCUGCAACUACAAGGGCGGAAGUGUCGACGUCGACACCAACGGUAACUCCACCAAGGGCAUUCUUGCCACGCUCGGUAUCGCCCUUUCGUCCGGUUUCGCCUCGGUAUACACGGAAAAAGUCAUCAAAGGCCAAGGAUCCACCAAACGGUCCGUCAAUAUUGAAGACUACGGCCUCGCCUACACCCAAGUACAACUGGCCCUGAUGAGUCUCUUGACUAUUGGUGUUUACGCCAUUGCCAGCGAUUUUGCCGCCAUUGUCCGGGACGGACUGUUUUACAACUUUACGUCGGCCGCCUUUGCCUCGGUACUCAUGUCCGCCCUUGGCGGACUCAUCGUGGCGUCCGUACUCAAGUACGCCGAUUCCGUUUUGAAAGGUUACGCCACGGCCAUGUCGGUCAUUCUGACCGGUCUACUUUCCAUGGUGCUCUUUGGUACCACCUUGUCCGUAAUCUAUUUCAUGGGGAUCAUCAAUGUUGUCAUGGCGGUUUUGUUGUACAAUGCCAAGGAUUUGGAUCGCUUCGUGUGCUGA